GGGAAGGAAUUAAAUACAGAAACGCUGUCUGCUUGCUGCUGUGAAACAGCUAGCUGAAUUGCUGAUUUACUUUAACUUUUAAAAUACCCAGCUUCAUUUAUUUUUCUUAGAAUUGUAUUGCUAAGACUGGGGACGCUGUUUUCUUUUACAAAGGGAAAUCUAAGUUCAUUUCAAGGCAUUCGAAAUGGGGAAAGACUAUUAUUGCAUUUUGGGAAUCGAAAAAGGAGCUUCAGAAGAAGAUAUUAAAAAGGCUUACCGAAAACAAGCCCUCAAAUUUCAUCCGGACAAGAACAAAUCUCCACAGGCAGAGGAAAAAUUUAAAGAGGUCGCAGAAGCUUAUGAAGUAUUGAGUGAUCCUAAAAAGAGAGAAAUAUAUGAUCAGUUUGGGGAAGAAGGCUUAAAAGGAGGAGCUGGAGGCACUGAUGGACAAGGUGGUACCUUCCGCUACACCUUUCAUGGUGAUCCUCAUGCCACAUUUGCAGCAUUUUUUGGAGGUUCCAACCCCUUUGAAAUUUUCUUUGGAAGACGAAUGGGUGGUGGUAGAGAUUCUGAAGACAUGGAAGUAGAUGGGGACCCUUUUAGUGCCUUUGGAUUCAGCAUGAAUGGAUAUCCAAGAGAUAGGAAUUCUGUGGGACCAUCCCGCCUCAAACAAGAUCCUCCAGUAAUUCAUGAACUAAGAGUAUCACUUGAAGAAAUAUAUAGUGGUUGUACCAAACGAAUGAAGAUUUCUCGAAAAAGGUUAAACCCUGAUGGAAGGAGUUAUAGGUCUGAGGACAAAAUUCUCACCAUUGAAAUUAAAAAAGGGUGGAAAGAAGGCACCAAAAUUACUUUUCCAAGAGAAGGAGAUGAAACACCAAAUAGUAUUCCAGCAGACAUCGUUUUUAUUAUUAAAGAUAAAGAUCACCCCAAAUUUAAAAGGGAUGGAUCAAAUAUAAUUUAUAAUGCUAAAAUUAGUUUACGAGAGGCAUUAUGUGGUUGCUCAAUUAAUAUACCAACAAUGGACGGACGAACCAUACCUAUGUCCUUAAAUGAUAUUGUGAAACCUGGAAUGAGGAGAAGAAUUAUUGGAUAUGGGCUGCCAUUUCCAAAAAAUCCUGACCAACGCGGUGACCUUCUAAUAGAAUUUGAGGUGUCUUUCCCGGAUACUAUAUCCUCAUCAUCCAAAGAAGUACUUAGGAAACAUCUUCCUGCCUCAUAGAAUGAAGAACUUUGUUACCAAUAUUUUGACAAAGCACUGAAAAUAUAAAAGGACUGGCAGUUUACUGAUGUAGAUGUGAAUUCUGUAUAAAGAUGUGUACAUUCUUUUGAGGGUUCAUUAAAUUGCAU